AUGUCGUGCCCGUCGAACGGAUACGGUUCCGGAGUGCGCUGCCAAAGGUAUCCCGGUGGCAGGUACCAGGGCAAGUGGUGGGGCAUGCAGCCCCAUGGGUACGGGGUGAAGCGCUCUGGGAGCGGUUUGGUCUACGAGGGUCACUGGGAGAUGGGGCAGCGGCAUGGCCACGGAACUCUGCGAAGGAAGGAGCCCGGUGGCCGGAUACAACGCAUCUACGUGGGCGAGUGGCAGCAGGACAAGCGGAAGGGCGAGGGGAAGCAGUUCUAUCCCGACGGUUCCGUUUACUUUGGCCAGUGGCUAGCCGACCAGCGCAGUGGUCAGGGUAUCCUGUGGCAGGCUGAUGGAGGAAUCUAUGUGGGGGAGUGGCUGCUCGACCGGAUGCACGGCAGAGGUGUCCUCUUUACAGCGAAUGGAAAUCGGUAUGUAGGCCAAUUUGAAGGUGGCUGCAAGUCAGGAACGGGUGUUUUCCACCACGGCAACGACGGUCAACGAAUUCAGCGAGGCUUCUGGAGCCAGGGCGUCUGCAAGACAUCGUUAAUGCCCCUGCUAAAAGGAUAUGAACACAAGUAUUCUACCGCAGCAGCUAUCUUGUAA